AUGGCAGCACAAUCAGAGGCGAAAUUCGCGCGCGUUGAGUGCUGCGCUGAGCGCGAGCACUUAGGUACCCUGCGGUUGAUCACGCGCGCGCUGUUUCGAGUCGCUAACCUGCUGCUUAUAUACGCUUCAGUCAUUGAGAACGGCUCGCUGAUGCAGAUCUACGUGUGGUACACGCUCGCGUACAUCGUGGUCGGCGUGCCGGUCGCCAUCGGCGACAUGCUGCUGGGGGUCAAGCAUGAGGAGCGAGUCGCGGUCGACUUUGUCACCGAGAUCAUGUUCCUCUUCGUGUUGUCUCGGUGUCUCCCUCUAGUGAACACCUACAGAAUACAAUUAAGUGAACUGGAGCGAGCGAAGUGGUGA